CAAGGUUAAACCGACAAUGUGGACGAGUCUUAUUUUAUCCCUGCUCCUAGUGAAUUGUCUGGUUGCAUUACCAGCUCCUGGACUGAGAGAUCUGGAAACGGAAGCUUGGAGUGCCGAGAAGGCCUGCCAAGAUGUGGAUAGAACGGUCAUAAUUGCAAAUCAAAACGAUUCAACAUGCGCCACUUUUGUGUAUUGCUAUAUAUCUAAUAGCUCAACGUAUGCGCUAAUUAAAAGCUGCAAAAGUGGACAAUACUUCGAUGCUGAUCUAUAUUUAUGCACUAUCAAUAAACCAGUUGGUUGCCUGUAAUACCUAGUAACUGUGAUGUAGCAUAUGUUAUAUGUACAUACAAACGUAGUUAGCUUCACCUGCACGAGAAAAUAAUAAUACUCAUCGUGUAAUAGACCUAUAUCUUAAAUUAUUAAAAUAUUUUGUACAAUGGAGUAUUUAUACCAUUAAAUCGGAAGUAAAAGUUUUCCAAUUUAGUCAAA